GUUACUUUAGUAGCGGAGGGUGGAAAGUUAAGACUACGCGUUCUGACUGACUGAGCUGUCGACUGAUCACAAAAGGAUUAUUAUUUACCAUUUUGCAGUGUUUUCAAUACACCGACGUUUAUAUAAAAAGACUCUCAAUCUGAAGCACAAUGGCUGUGGAAGGGGGAAUGAAGUGUGUGAAGUUCUUGCUCUUUUUCUUUAACUUUAUCUUCUGGAUCUGUGGCCUAGUGCUCAUUGUGCUAGGAGUGAUGGUCCAGGUGGUGGUCUACAAAACCCCCGUGAUCAAGGAUGUAUCAAGUUCAGCCGCCCCAAUUGUCAUCAUCAUCAUCGGUGCAGUCAUCUUCCUCGUCUCCUUCUUUGGCUGCUGUGGAGCCUGGAAAGAGAACUACUGCAUGGUCACCAUGUUUGCCAUUUUUAUCUCCAUCAUCAUCCUUGCUGAAAUUGCAACGGCCAUUGCUGCCUACGUCUUCAGAGGCAAGCUGACUGAUCUAGUGGACACUGGCUUCAAGGAUAUGAUUUCGCAAUACCAAAAGAAUAAUACGGAGGCUAAGAAAAGCCUGGAUGAAUUGCAGCAAGAGCUCAAGUGCUGUGGGGCAGUGAACUACACUGACUGGGCUUUGUUCAAACCGGACAGGAACUCCGUGCCAGACUCCUGUUGCAUCAACGUCACUGUGGACUGCGGCACGAAUGCCAUGUCUACCCACAAAAACAUUUUCACGAAGGGUUGCCAAGCUGCUUUUGAAGACCUGCUAAAGAGCAAAAUUCUCUGGAUUGCAGUCGGAGCCUUGAUCAUUGCUUUUAUAGAGGUCCUGGGCCUUGUGUUUUCCUGUAUGCUAAUGAGAGGUAUUCGCAGUGGCUAUGAGGUCAUGUGAUCAAACCACAGGACUUAUUUCACAGUUGGGAAAAAAAAAGUAGUUGCACACUCAAGAGGCUUAAAGACUUAUUAUAUAAAUGAUUUUUUUUGUGGCUAAAGUUAACUGUCCCAUUGCAGACUGCAGCCUAUUUGCUGAUAGAGAACAACAGUCUAUUUUUAAUCGCAGCUGCUGAGAAAAAGGUAGAGAUAAAGUACUGCAAAUAUUUUUCUUUUAAGUUCUGUGCAUUUGUCCUUGAUUAGUGCUGUUCAUAAAUGUGUUCGUUCAGAGAGCUGAUGGUGACAUUUUUAAAAUACUACCAUUUAUAGACAGUAUACCUCCAAUUAGGAAUCUCCUAAAUUAAUAGGUGAAAUGCUGUUUUUCAUAUAUUUACUGUCAAUAUUAUAAAUGCAUAUAAGAUGUUGGAAAGAGAAAUAAAGGUGUAAAACUGUUCCCCA